AUGCGGCAGGACUUGGUCGACGCUUCGACCGAUCACUUUAUCGACAGGCUGCGCCGUGCCGUAGCUAUCCCCUCCAUCUCUUCCGAGGAUGCCCGCCGUCCCGAUGUUGUCCGCAUGGGCGAAUGGCUUGCGGAUGAGCUCAAGGCCCUCGGAGCCGAAGUCGAGCUCCGGCCACUCGGGAUCCAGCCCGGCAAGAAGGACCUCGAACUGCCUCCCGUCGUCCUAGCCCGCUAUGGCAACGAUAAGAGCAAGAGGACGAUUCUAGUGUACGGCCACUAUGACGUACAACCCGCCGAGAAGAGUGAUGGGUGGGCGACGGAGCCCUUCGAGCUCACCGUGGACGAUACGGGCAGGAUGUUUGGCCGCGGCAGCACCGACGACAAGGGCCCCGUUCUUGGAUGGCUAAACGCUAUCGAAGCGCACCAGAAGGCUGGAGUAGACUUUCCCGUCAACCUGUUGAUGUGCUUUGAGGGUAUGGAAGAGUACGGCUCAGAGGGCCUCGAUGAUCUCAUCAAGGCCGAGGCAAAGGGAACUGAGAAGCCUUGCUUGACGUACGGCCUGCGAGGAUGCAACUACUACUCGAUUGAAAUCUCCGGCCCCGGAGCUGACCUUCACAGCGGAGUCUUUGGCGGAACUGUCCAGGAGCCGAUGACGGACCUCGUCAGGGUCAUGGGCUCCCUCGUCGACACAGACGGUAACAUCUUGAUCCCUGGCAUCAUGGAGCAAGUCGCCCCCGUCAACCCCGAUGAGGAGGCGCUGUACGACAACAUCGCUUUUACGAUGAACGAUAUCUUCGAGGCCCUCGGCAGCGAAACAACCAUCUUUGACAAGAAGAAGGAGACUCUGAUGCGCCGCUGGAGGUUCCCCUCCCUCUCCCUUCACGGCAUUGAGGGCGCGUUUUCUGGUGCUGGCGCCAAGACCGUCAUCCCUGCGCGCGUCACCGGUAAAUUCUCCAUCCGCUCGGUGCCCAACAUGGAGAUUGACAAGACCAACGAAAUUGUCUGCAAGUACGUUCGUGAUGUGUUCGCCAAGCUACAGAGCAAGAACACCCUCAACGUCUUCCCCCAACAUUGUGGCCAAUGGUGGGUUGCGUCGCCCAAGCACUGGAACUUUAGUGCUGCGGCCAAGGCUGUCGAACGCGUUUGGGGCGUCGAGCCCGACUUUACUCGCGAGGGAGGAAGUAUUCCUGUUACCCUCACUUUUGAGGAGGCAACUGGCAAGAAUGUCCUCCUUCUCCCCAUGGGUAACUCGACCGAUGGCGCCCACUCCAUCAACGAGAAGCUGGAUAAGAAGAAUUAUAUUGAGGGCAUCAAGCUGCUUGGCGCCUACCUCCAUUAUGUGGCCGAAGAGCCGCAGACCUAG